UACUGAUGAUUUUCUUUUUUUAGGCCAGGUUGCACGGAGACGAAUUUGAAACUUACAAUUUAUACACACAUAUUCUUUUAAUUACUUACUUUGACCGGACAUAGAGAAGUUUUUCAGGUACAAAUGGCUAUUGACGGCAGUUUUAGCCUUCAUUCAGCGGUCGAAAGAUUUCUCGACCGUUUUCCAAAGCUUCAAUCUUUUCCACAGUUUUAUUCCCUCACAAGAAAGGGACACUUGGUUACGGAGGAGGAUGUUGUGAAUAAUUUUGUGGGCGUUUUUCUGCACCCUUCCUAUACUAUUCCAUUAAUGGGAUGCUUCUGUCCCAUUGCCCGAAAAUUUACAGAUAAAACUAUAGACCUGCUUCGGCUUGUGCCAAAUUUAAGGUCUAAUGUUCAGAGUACUAUCAUGGAAGAUGAUUUUGUCAAAGUUUCAGAUGAAAUUGUGAAUGUGAUUGAGUUUUAUAGCCAACAUGGAAGGGGUCUAGAUCUUCAUGAACUUGCUUGUUUGGCCUUCUGUCGUGCUCUUGACAUGGCUCCUUUUCUACUUGGUUCUGUGUUAAACUACUUCAAGUUUGCUCCUUCUCCGUUUCAACGAUUUUCGAGGCAACAAGCUACCCCAUCAAUGGGGGUUAAGAUUGAAACCAGUGAACUGCUUGUUGCCCAAAUAUCAUACCGUUUCCUCAUCAUGAAAACUGAAGUUUUCUCGAAGCUCUGGGACUGGUCAUGUUUCAUGGACUUCUUGGAAGAGCCCAUCGGUGAAUAUGUCACAGCUGAAGCAACUGACCUGAUUUGGUGUGGGGUGCAAAUAAUAACCAUUGUCUUCAAAUUGAGUUAUGGGGCGAGUCAAAACUUGAAUAUUGGAUCAGAACAAGCAUCUAAGUGUCUUUUGCGUUGGGAAGCAUUCUGCCAGGAUACAUCAAUAGAGAAAGCUGGAUUGUAUUCCAGGCCAGUGGCGCAAAAUAUGCCAGGUUCUUUGGAUAGAGGCAUCGGUUUUAGCCAAGAGAACUGUUUACAAUCCUUUGGUCUUGAUUUUCAGGCUGUUAGCUUGCCGGAGGUGCAUGGUGUUGAGCCACCUUGGAGGAGUCCAAAGCUUGCCACAUGGAAUGAUAAAUUUAAAAGUAAUACAUUCAUAUUGACAUCAAAAGUGAAGAAAAGUUUUGAGAGGGUCCUGUUGGCAGUGAGUCAGAAGUGGCCUGUUCUUUUAUAUGGUCCUUCGGGUUCUGGAAAAUCUUCUCUCAUUGCCAAGCUUGCUCGGGAUAGUAAUAACCAGAUUCUAUCUAUCCAGAUGGAUGAUCAAAUUGAUAGUAGAACAUUGGUUGGAGGUUAUGUGUGUGCAGAUAGGCCUGGAGAAUUUAGAUGGCAGCCAGGGUCGCUUACUCAGGCUGUGCAGAAUGGUUUUUGGAUUGUUUUUGAGGAUAUCGACAAAGCCCCACCAGACGUGCAUUCUGUUUUAACACCUUUAUUGGAAGGGACUGGCUCAUUUAUGAUCGGGAACGGGCAGGAAAUAAGGGUGGCAGAAGGUUUCAGGAUGUUCUCAACUGUUGCAACUUCCAACCUUGAAGCAUCCCAGGGUGCAGGUCGAGGUUCACUUAGUGUCCUUUGGAGAAGAGUGAUGGUUAGGCCUCCAGAGAAAGAAGACUUGAAAGAUAUAAUCAUAGUUUGGUAUCCAAUGUUGGAGCUUCUUGUUGACAGGCUUAUAGAAACUUUUGUAAGGGUUAACUCCACCUGCAUGCAUCAGAUUGUGGGUUCCGACUCUGGGACUUCUGCUUCUGUUGAUUGCCUCAACAGAUUUUCGUUGAGGGAUCUCCUUAAAUGGUGCAAGCGUGUUGUGGGCUUGGGGUUUAGCUAUGAUGGUGGUUGCAUAUCAGAGUACCAAUGUUAUUUAGUGUAUAAAGAGGCUGUUGAUGUUUUUGCAGCCUUCUCAACUUCGUCUAAACAGAGGUUGUCUAUAAUGAAAGAAAUAGCAAAGUUAUGGCCGGUGCCAAUAUCAGCUGCUGAGACCUUGUAUCCCCAUGACAAACCAAUAAUUCAGGAUUCUGUCACUGAUUUAAGAAUAGGACGUGUUUCCCUCCAAUACACUACAAAAGCUUUACAAGAACAUAUGCGACCUUUUGUUGAGAUCAAAAGUUCUCUGCAUGUGCUUGAGCGCAUAGCAUGCUCUGUCAAGUAUAAUGAGGCUGUGCUCUUGGUAGGGGAAACUGGCACUGGGAAGACAACUCUUGUUCAAAAUUUGGCACUAAGACUUGGUCAGAAGCUUACUGUUUUGAAUUUAAGUCAGCAAAGUGAUGUUGCAGACUUAAUAGGUGGAUAUAAACCUAUGAAUGCACAAUUUGUUUAUUUCCCCCUCCAUAAGGAGUUCAAGGACCUCUUCUCCAGAACUUUCUCUGUGAAGGAAAAUAUGAACUUUCUUACGCAGCUAGAAAAAUAUCUAACUGAGAAGAAAUGGAAAAUGCUACUAAAAGGAUUUCGUAGAGGAGUUGACAUUUUCCAUAAGUCAGUUGAGCUUGAAAAAGCUGGGUCUAGCAAGAAGCGUAAAAAGCCAUUGGAUGAAGAAAACAUCAAGGCUUGGGAAAGAUUUUCAAUUAAACUUGAAAGUGCUUGGUGUAAUGAUCCAUCUUCAGGGAUGAUGUUUUCUUUUGUAGAAGGAAGUUUUAUUACUGCACUUAGAAAUGGUGAGUGGAUAUUGCUUGACGAGGUGAAUCUAGCCCCUCCAGAGAUCUUACAGAGAAUUAUUGGGGUUCUGGAGGGGGAGAAUGGGGCCCUUUGUUUGGCUGAAAGAGGUGAUAUUGAUUAUAUACAAUGUCAUCCAAACUUCCGUAUGUUUGCUUGCAUGAACCCAGCAACAGAUGCUGGGAAGCGGGACCUACCCUUUUCUUUAAGGAGUAGGUUUACCGAGUAUUAUGUUGAUGAUGUGCUGGAUGAUGAUGAUUUAAGUCUAUUUAUUUAUCAGUUUAUUGGUGAUGGCCAUAAUGAUCGGGAGCUAGUAAAUAAAAUUGUCUGUUUCUAUAAAACAUCCAAAGAGGAAGCUGAAGAGAGGUUGCUGGAUGGUGCUAAUCAGAAAGCUCAAUACAGUUUAAGGUCCCUUUACCGUGCUCUUGAAUAUACAAGGAAAGCGGAGAGAAAAUUUGGGUUUCAUAAAUCAUUAUAUGAUGGCUUUUGUAUGUUUUUCCUCACACUAUUGGAUGGGCGUAGUGCUGAAAUAAUGGAAAGGAAAAUCUUGUCUCUUCUGUUAAACUCAAGUGAACCUCCACCACAUGUUCCUUUUGACCGAUAUUUAACCUCCACCAAAUCUGAUGCUUCCUUGGGGAGCUAUGUUCUGACCAAAAGUGUUAGGGAGCACCUUGGGAAUUUGGCUCGUGCUGUUCUGAUUAAGCGAUAUCCUGUGCUUCUACAGGGACCCACAUCUAGUGGGAAAACUAGCCUUGUUCGUUAUCUUGCUGCACUGACAGGUCAUGAGUUUGUGAGAAUUAAUAAUCAUGAGCACACUGAUUUGCAAGAGUAUCUAGGUUCUUACAUAACUGAUGCUAGUGGUAAGCUUGUUUUUACUGAAGGUGUAUUGGUUAAAGCGGUAAGAAAUGGUUACUGGAUUGUAUUAGAUGAGCUUAACUUGGCUCCAUCUGAUGUCCUGGAGGCAUUGAAUCGGUUGCUUGAUGAUAACAGGGAGCUUUUUGUUCCUGAACUGCAAGUUACAAUUAAAGCACAUCCAAACUUCAUGCUUUUUGCCACUCAAAAUCCACCUAUUCUUUAUGCUGGGCGUAAAAUGUUAUCUCGGGCAUUUCGCAAUCGCUUCAUAGAGAUUCAUGUUGGUGAAAUUCCUGAUGAUGAGUUGAGCGUAAUACUGGAGCAGAGAUGUGAAAUUCCUCAAAGUUAUGCUAGAAAAAUGGUUGAAGUGAUGAAGGAGCUUCGGCGGUGCAGGCAGGGUAGUAGAUUUUCUGAUGGGAAACAUAGUUUUAUGACUCCCCGAGAUUUAUUUCGCUGGGCUGAUCGUUACAAAAGAUUUGGAAAAUCCUAUGAAGAUUUGGCCAAAGAUGGUUAUUAUCUUUUGGCUGAAAGAUUACGGGAUGAGAGUGAAAGGUCCAUUGUUCAAGAAAUUCUAGAGAAACAUCUGCGGGUUAAACUAAACAGAAACAUUAUCUAUGAUCAGAUGAUAUGUGAGGGGAAGCACUCUUUCAAACUCUCUGUUGAUUCUGGAUGUUCAAAGAGUCUUGAACGUUUUAACUUGACCAAGAGCAUGCAGAGGUUGUACUUCCUUGUUGAACGCUGCUACCAAUUGCGUGAGCCUGUGCUGCUUGUUGGGGAAACUGGUGGAGGAAAGACUACUGUCUGUCAGCUUCUAAGUGCUUGUUUGCAGAUGAAGUUACAUAUCUUGAAUUGUCAUCAGUAUACCGAAACAUCUGAUUUUAUUGGGGGGUUCCGGCCUGUCCGAGAAAGAUCUAGACUGAUAUCCAAGUAUGAAGAAAUAGUGGAACACUUGAAGAAGUUAAAGGCUUAUACCUGUUUUCCUCAAGGCCUUUGUGUUUCCUCUGACAUAGAUCAUGCUUCUUCGACCCUUGGUUUGCUGAAUGGUGUAAUAAGGAAAUAUAGAGAAGGUCAAGUUUGUUGUCCUGAUGUCACCAUGGAUGAUCUUUAUGCUUUUGAGCAGUUGAAGUUGGACCUAGAUGAGCUUCAUCAUGAGUGGCAGAGUAUAUUUGUAUGGCAGGAUGGGCCCCUUGUGAAAGCAAUGAGAGAUGGUGAUCUCUUUCUUGUGGAUGAGAUAUCUCUGGCUGACGACAGUGUGCUUGAGAGAUUGAAUAGUGUAUUAGAGCCCGAAAGGAAACUGUCUUUGGCUGAGAAAGGGGGGCAUGAUCUGGAGGAGGUUUGUGCUCACCCAAAAUUUUUUGUUCUUGCGACCAUGAACCCUAGUGGUGAUUAUGGUAAGAAGGAGUUAUCUCCAGCAUUGCGCAAUCGCUUCACUGAAAUAUGGGUUUCCCCUGUUAGUGAUUUAGAUGAACUUCGAGAGAUUGCUUUGACAAGAAUUUCAAAGUUUGAAGAUGCAAGCGACUCAUGUCCUUCUGAUCGGGAUAAACUCUCAAGCGGUGAUAUUGUUGAUGUUAUGAUAUGUUUUUGGGAGUGGCUCAACCAAUUGCGUCCUGAUAGAAUGCUUACUGUGAGAGAUCUCAUUUCUUGGAUUGCUUUUUUCAAUGUGACGGAAAGAAGUCUGGGACCUGAAUAUGCAGUUCUUCAUGGAGUAUUCCUUGUGCUGCUUGAUGGAUUGAGUUUAGGGACUGGUAUUCCAAAAGAUGAGGCAGAUGAUAUAAGGGAGAGAUGUUUAUCCUUUCUUCUACACAAGCUGAGGGUUGAUGAAAGUCAUUUAUUAUAUUCAAAUCUUUCAAGAAUAGGAAAUUACGGUUGGGGUGAAUUUGGCACAGUGGCGGGUGCUUCUCACAUUGAUGAUAUGCAACGAGAUAAUAUAUUUGGCAUUGAUCCAUUCUUUAUCAGAAAAGGUUGUGGCAAUUGUGAGACUGGGGGAUUUGAAUUUAAGGCACCAACAACUCGACGAAAUGCCCUCAGAGUUCUGCGUGCCAUGCAGCUUCCAAAGCCUGUUCUACUAGAAGGGAGUCCAGGGGUUGGGAAAACAAGUUUAGUUGUUGCCUUAGGAAAGUUUUCUGGACAUAAAGUGGUACGAAUAAAUUUUUCUGAGCAGACUGAUAUGAUGGACCUGCUGGGUUCGGAUUUACCUUUGGAAAGUGACGAGGGAAUGAAAUUUUCUUGGUCUGAUGGGAUACUAUUGCAGGCCCUGAAGGAAGGGUGUUGGGUUUUGCUUGAUGAGCUUAAUCUUGCCCCACAAUCUGUUUUGGAGGGUUUGAACGCUAUUUUGGAUCAUCGAGCUGAGGUUUUUAUACCAGAGUUGGGUCGUACUUAUAAAUGCCCACCGUCGUUUAGAGUUUUUGCUUGUCAGAAUCCAUUGCAUCAAGGUGGUAGUAGGAAGGGCCUUCCAAGAUCAUUCUUGAACCGAUUUACCAAGGUUUAUGUUGAUGAAUUAAACGCUGAGGACUAUCUUUCCAUUUGUGAAUCAAAAUUUCCAACCAUGCCAAGGUCUUUACUAUCAAAGUUAAUCUUAUUUAAUAAAAGAAUGCAUGAUAAGUUUUCCAAGGACGGCUUUCCUUGGGAGUUCAAUCUGCGUGAUGUAUUUCGAUCUUGUGAGAUUAUUCAAGGGUCUCAUAAGCACAGAAGCAAAUAUUGCUUUUUGAACACUGUCUACAUUCAAAGAAUGCAUACAGCAGCUGAUCGACAUGAAGUCUUGCGGCUCUUCAAGGAAGUAUUUGGGGUGACUCCAGUUAUAAAUCCCUAUCCUCGAAUAGAGACCAAAUCUGAUAGCCUAAUUGUAGGGCAUGCUGCUAUUAAGAGGAAUCAUGUCCAAUUAUUGACAUCUUCAAGCUGUCAGCUUCGAAUGUUGCCUGAAGUUCGUCUAGGUUUGGAAGCUGCUGCUCACUGUGUACAGCAUCAAUGGUUAUGUAUCUUGAUUGGCCCAUCAUGCUCGGGCAAAUCUUCCUUGAUAAGGCUGCUUGCCAACCUUACGGGAAAUGUGCUGAAUGAAUUAAAUCUUUCAUCCGCCACUGAUAUCUCUGAAUUACUUGGGUCUUUUGAACAAUAUGAUGCUUUGAGAACUUUUCACUUUGUUGUUGCUCAAGCUGAGCACUAUAUUAGCGAGUAUUGCAGUUUGCUGGGGGAAACAUCAAAGGCCGAAUUCCUUAGUGAAAAGCAUCUAGUUACCCGAUGGCUUGCAUUCUUGCCUCGUAUGAGGUUUGACAGUUUGGAUGCAUCUGCUUCAAUUUCUGUUGAAAACUGGGGAAAAAUUGUUUGCUCUCUUAAUCUGUUGGCUGAGAUCAUUGAAGAACUGAAGUUGAAUAUAGAGAAGAGAUCUUUUGACAUGUCUUAUUCAAUCAUGGAACUUGAUUUGAUUCUGAAGAAAAUUCUGAAGCUGAAGGUGGAUGACCAGAAAAGGUUGAUUUCAAGAAAAUUUGAAUGGGUUCCAGGAAUACUAAUCAAGGCCUUAGAAAGAGGGGAAUGGAUAGUCUUGGAAAAUGCAAACCUAUGUAGCCCCACAGUUCUUGAUAGAAUUAACUCUUUGGUGGAAUCUUCUGGGUCAAUUACGGUUAAUGAGCGUGGAAUUGUUGAUGGAAACCCACUAGUUAUACAUCCACACCCCAAUUUUCGCAUGUUUAUCACGGUUAAUCCUACCUGUGGUGAUGUCUCUCGAGCAAUGCGUAAUAGGGGAGUUGAAAUAUUCAUGAUGCAGCCAUGCUGGGUUUUGGAUAGUGUAAGUGGAUACAAGUAUGAUGAUACUGAAUUCGAAGAUGUAAAGAGGUUUCUCAUUUUAUCUGGCAUUCCUGGUUCUCAGUUGGUUAAUGCCAUUGCUAAAGCCCACAUUUUUGCGAAGAAUGAGGGUUUACACCUUAAUGUUCACAUUACAUAUCUAGAACUGUCACGUUGGGUUCAUUUGUUCCAGCACCUUCUUAUGAAUGGGAAUAGUCCUAUUUGGAGUCUACAAAUAAGUUGGGAGCAUGUAUAUCUCUCCUCUUUUGGUGAGGUUCAAGGUGGGAAAAUAAUUCAAUCUGGAUUAACCACUUAUUUAUCAGUAUCUGAUAUUUGUGGUAAUGAUACUUUGGGGCACGCCCUUUAUUUGCCGGGUGGAUGGCCGAUGCCACUGACUUUGAGGGACUUCAUACAUUACUCAAGAGAAGCUUCGGUAAAACAAAACUGCAUGUAUCUGGAGUUCCUGGGAGCACAGUUUGCAUCACAUCAAUAUCGAAUUUCUUCAAACAGGUUUUCCUCAGACCGUUGGUUAUAUUUGAUAGACAUGAUGAGGUUGUGUGAAAUUUUGUUUCCCAAAUUUCAAAAGGCGAUAGAUUCAGACUGCAGAAGUGAAGCUGAAUUUGACUUGGAACUGGCAAAGAAGAUGCUGUGGUUUGCUGCAUAUUGGACGAUUGAGCAAGCAACAGAAAGUGAUUUUACUCUCUAUGUUCUCCGGUUUAGUUGGUUUAGCUCUCAGGUGCAUCCAUUUUGUCAGUUCUUCCAGGAGUUUCUGAGACUGUUGGAGCAAAUGGUCAAGCAUCCUAUAUGGCAAUAUAUUUUACAGUGUCGCAGACUUUCUUUUGAUUUGCAGUCAAUGCCACUUUUGUCCCUUGAGUUAUUUGAUUUGGCAGAAUCAAAUAGCGCAUGUAAAUAUAUCAGUAAUUCUAUUGACUGCAUAGAUCUGCUAAAGUUAACUUACCGGCAAUGGGAAAUUGAGAAGCAAUGGGAUAUCAAGAACAAGCAUCAUUUUGAUGAAGUUUACAACUUCAAAUCUUUUCUGGAGUCUCUUCAAGAAUUGGAAAAUGAAUUCCUCAGUAAACUUGCUUGUCCACCCACCAUGAUUGUUGAAUGUUCAUCAUUCGAUAAUUUAACGCAGUUAUACUCUGAUAUUAUUGAGAACCAUUCACUCUUCUGGCAUCACUUAACUUUGUCAAAGUUUGACCACUUGAUAAUAUCAUGGCGUUCUUUGGUGAAGGAUGCUAGAAAGUUGUCGAUAUCUGUCCAGAAUGAAAAGCAGAGAAUUGGAGAACGUUUUGUCCAGAAAAAGAAGAAAUUUGUUGUUUUCUUUUUCAGAAAAAUCUUGCUUUGGGUUUAUGGUGGCCAUCCAUACUUACCUCCUUCUUGUGAUUUACAUCACAAACAAGACCAGCUUUUGAAAUUUGUUGAACUGUUGUGGUCAACAAAGAAAGCAUCUAGAAAUCAAGAAAUGCAGAGCAGUCAGCUAAUUGAAGCUGUUGCAUCAUGUGAUCGUGAUCUUCGUAUUUUUGUGGUAGACGGUGUUUCAAUGUCAUCAUGUAUAAUGGAGAAAUGGAGCAAGGAGGGUCGUCAUGAUGAUGAUAUUGUUAAGCAAUUGGAGGAGGUGUAUCAGGCACUGUUGAGAAGGUUUGAGGAUGAAAAGCAUAAGUUGAAGAAGAAGACCGGAUCCAGUUGUCCUGCAGAUUGGGGUGAAACUUCUGUUGCUUGUUGUUCGUUUCUCCUGGAAUAUUGUUCCUACAAUCUGCCUUUUGUAGUUGGCUGGAUACACUUCCUCCGGUUGAUAGUGCCAGUUUACAUUGGGAUAUGGAGUUGCUUCAAGAGCUUACAUCAAUUGACUUGUAUGAUCCUGAAGGCUCACGUCGAAUUUAAGAUGUAUAGGAAUUCUAAAUGUUGCAUUUGGACAUUUUCUUCAAUAAUCUUUCUCUCAAAUGCUACAGCUGUCAGACGUGUUUCCAACCUUCUGAAUUCUGCCUUGAAAUUUUCACUAACCUUCUCUUCAAGGCCUCUUCAAAUGUUCUUGCCACAUCAAAAAAUCUUAUUCAUCUUGAAUGAAUGGACUACAGAGGAUGCAGUCAAUGUGGAAAUUGCAAGCUUUAUUCUGGAGUUGUGGUUUAGGUGGCAUCAAUCUCUGUGGAUGUGUUUCCCUGAAUACAUUAAGAAUUUCUCAAAUAUGGAUGGUUUGGAUACAAUUGAUACUGCAUUACCCCAUAUGCUUAUAGAACCUGUCAAUGCCUCAACUGUCUUGCAGAUUACGCGAAGUAUGCAUGCUAUCAGAGAGUUCAGGUUGCAAUGUCUUAAGUUUAGAGUUACCUCAUCCAAUAUAUGGCGUAGCUUCAAUCAUGGGGAACAGUUACCAAACUUUCUUUUAUCUGCUGCGCGCUCACUUUUCCAGCAGAUAAUUUAUGCCCACAAAAAAUCUUUUAACGCGGAUAAAUUUUCUGUGAUGAAGUUGCUCUUUUGUUCUUUCCAGAACGGCAUGGUUUCAGAAGAGAUGAUUGAGGCUUUCACAGCGCUGCUUGCUUCAACAAGGCACCAGAGAUUGAAAGAUUUGGUUCAUGAAUUCAUUGCUCCUCUGCUCAGAGAUCUAUAUAUUCAUUCCACUGCUGCUGGUGAAGGCUUCAAUAGUAUUCUUGGUUGUGCAUGGCUACGCCUUGGGGGACUACGGUUUCGUCUCUUGCUUAGCUGUAUGGAUACUGAUCCUGCCAUGAAGUACUAUUGCAAGUACUCACAACUAGUAGAAAUAAUCUCAUCACUUGAACUUGAAAUCCAGGUGAGAAAAGAAUGUGGAUAUCUAGCGGGAAACCUUUUCACAGUUGAAGCUGAUAAAAGAAAAGCGCAAAGGCUGGAAAAGCUUAAAGAAGCGUGUAGAAAGCUACAAAAAAAGAUUGUGUACCGAUCUGAAGCUUGGAAACACAUGGAGUUAAUGGAUGAAUGCGCUGAUUUUCUUAAACUCAUUCUGUCGUUGGAAUCUAUGGUGAGCUGUGUUGAAGCUGUGGAAUCACAACUGGCUGUCAACCAGGCAUGCAACUGGCAGGAAACAGCAAGUCGUUUCAUUGAUAGAUUGACAGAUGAAUACAGUGCAUUUAAUGAUAUAGUUCAACCAAUCCAACUUGCUGUUUUUGAGAUGAAAUUGGGGUUGUCAUUGAUUUUGUCAAGUGCCUUGGAAAAUUCAUAUCUGAGUAGGGUCGGCAAGGAGAACAAUAACUUUAUGGAAACUAUUUACAACCUUAUGAGAUUCCCUCGUGGCGCUUUGAGCAAGUUGAUUUCUGUUAAGUUCAACAGGAGUUUGUACAUGCUGCCUUCAUACAGGCUAGAUUCUGGCACAGGUUUUUAUUCAGUGGAUGGGGGUAUGCUGGAGAGGCUUGUUACUCUUUCCAGUGGCAUUGCGGCUUAUAAGAAGGUUUCUGUUAUGCAACAUAGAGCUGCUGCCUGGCAUAAUAUUCUCGUUCAGAUUGCACAUUCUGUAUCCAACUCAAAAAUAUUAGAUGAUGAAUCCUAUCUGCUCUUGGGCAAGAUAUUUGAUGAAUUCGCCAGGCUUUGGAUGAGUAUGAAAGUUCAGGCAAAAUCAAGAAGUGAUUAUGAUUCCCAACAGUACAAGUUUAAACCCCGAGUUUUUCAAAUUGAGAGUGUCAUUGAUGUUGACAUAUCAACUCUGUCAAAUUCUUUUACAACGGAAACAUUUUCAGAGUGGAGAGAAUUUUCUACUGAAGAGAUAUCUGCGGACAAAAUGGAAGCUACUGAGGCAUGUGAAACAUCAGUGGAAGAAUGGAAGCAGCUGGAAGAGUCUAUCCUGAGCAGUGUGGUUCUUAUUCACAAUAAGUUGUUUGGAUCUGCUGAUCUAGUCCAAAUUCCCGGAACCUUCGAAGUUUCUAAUGAGGAUCGAUUAGUUUCAUUCUGUGACUCAUACACACUGGGUAUUGAGUUAAUCAGAGGUGGCUGGACACCGCUCUUGUCUAGUUUAGAUGCUAAGCUUAUGCCAGAGCACUUACUCUAUCUUUGUUUGGACUACAACCGGAAGUUCCACUUGUUUCACAGAUCGGCUACGAGAUACAAUUUUUACAAGGAUUCAUAUGCUUCUGAGAUGGCAAAAAUUGUGGAAGCACUUGCUCCUCUCCAGCAGAGGAUUUUGUCCCUUCUUAAUGAGUUUCAAGAUCAUCAUGAUGUUCAGAAAAUGUCAGAUAUAGUUGAUAUGCUCUUGAGCCUUCCUUCAGUGACUCCUUUGGCAAAGACAUUUUCAGGGUUGCAGUUUUUACUGCACAAGGCUCAAGCUAUGCAAGAAAGUGGCUCAAAAUUCUGCUUUUCACGUGAACUGGAACCUGUUUUUGAACUGUUAUCUUUGUGGAAAGCAUUGGAACUGGAAUCUUGGCCUGCUUUGCUUGAUGAGGUGAUGGAUCAAUAUGAGAAUAAUGCUGGGAAACUGUGGUUUCCUCUGUAUUCAGUUCUUCAACCCCGUUCUUCUGAUCAAUCAGUGGUUCAGAGCUUGGAGGAUUUCAUUCACACAUCCAGCAUUGGUGAAUAUCGAAAGCGUCUUCAGCUUCUUUUUGCUUUCCUUGGUCAAAAUCAUAUUGGCGCAUGCUUGAAAGAAAGCUCCUGUCUUGGGAAGACGGAACAUUCAAAGUACUUGUACAAUAUUUUCGGAUUUUAUGUCCAGUUCUUACCAUUAGUAAUGGACUAUAUCGAGAUGAAUAAGAAAGAAAUAGAAGCUGAACUGAAAGCACUGGUGAAACUGUGUCGGUGGGAUUGCACCAAAAGUUAUUUAUCCAUGGAGAACUUGAAAAAGAGUCGGCAGAAGCUUAAGAAACUUGUACAAAAAUUUACUGAUAUUCUGCAAGAACCUGUGGUUAUGUUCCUUAACCAAGAAGCUUCACAAAAGGGAGCAAAUACUCAAUCCCUUCGUGCUCAUAAGUUCAUCUCUGAUGUAUUGAAUAAGGGCUCUUUUGGUGUUAAUCUUGAUCUGACAUGUUUCCAUAAUGAGAACAGGUCUAUAUGGUUUGGGGAAUGUAGCAAAAAAUUAGAUUGUGCUUUGCAGAACUUUCAGUUUAAGAAAAAAGAAGUAUUUGACAUACUAUCUCCCCAUUGGAAGAAUUUUGAAGAAUCUAGAAGUAUAUUUAGACCUCAUACUGGUUUCCAGCAUGCAAAUCUGUCUUGUACGGAAAGAUGGAAAGCAAUGUGGGAUAUGAUUGAGAAUAUAUAUGUAACAGCAGUUGAGUGCGAUCAACUUUGGAAGGAAGAAAGCAAGAGUCGAGGGAAAAGAAGAGCUUUGUCUUCACUUCUUAAGCUUUUAGAGAGUAGUGGUUUGUCACGACACAAGUCUUCAUAUUGGGAGGGUCAUGAGAAACCUUGGUGGUUCCUUCAGCACUCUGGUGACAUGCAACAUUUGUUGCUGACAAAUAGUAAACUACCUUGUGUAGUCUCAGAAACUGCAGCUGGGGUUCAGAAAAACAAAGUACUUGAAGAAGGCUUUGUUAUGGAGUGGAAACCAGCCAUUGAACUUUACUUUAAGAGUGUUGUGUCUGUGCUCCGUCUCCAGCAGAUUUGCCUCAAUCCUCACAGAGAUAUAACUCGUGAACAGGUUGACAGGUCAGCUUCUUUCCUCAACCAGCUGGUUCAAGUGCAACAGAACCAACUUGCUGCUGCCAGUGGUUUUGAUCGGCAGUUGAAACGAUUGAGAGAAUGCAUAUCUACUUUGAAAAAGUUGUGUUCAUUGUCCACCUCUAAUGAUAACAGUACUGUUUAUGAGUGCUUUAUUCCAAAGCAGCUCACUGCCUAUAAAUGCAUGUGGCAACAAAAGCAAAUUUUUGAUAGUCUGUGUGCUGUAUUACAAGAAGAAUUGCUUUUGCUGAGGACAUAUGAGAAAAGCCACUUAAGCACUUGCGAAAGUGUGAGACCUUCAGUCAGUCACAUGAUUGCUUCCUUAGAAAUUUUUUUACCAGUGUUCAGUGGAUCAAAGGCAUCAUUGGACCAUUACCUUAUUGGGGGUGAAAAAGCCAUCACUCCAGUGACUUCUACCUCACAUUUUUGCUUUGUUACUGAGGAAUUGGAGCAGUUAGUCUCUGAAAAUUUUAAUGUUAUAAAAGAUUUUAAGGAGCACUUGCUAGUGUCACAGAAGCAAGACCUGGAUAGAAGCUCAGUGAGAGCAGUUCUAAUUGAUCGUUUUCAAGAGAUAAUUGAAAAGGCAACAUUAGUUGAGGAAGAGUUUACCUCUACAUUAAAGGCAUAUUAUGUGCUAGAAGAUUUAUCUGAGGAGGGAAGCUUUCCAAAUGUUGGAUUUGAUGAAUCCCUUAGCUCUACAUAUGGACAUAUUGAAGAAGUAUUGCAGAAAUUAUGUUCCUUGAGCACCAACCUCGUGGCUGAAGAGUCCGUGAAUAUAACUUCAUGGAAAUUGGUAUUUGUUGACUUUGUAGCGGAGCUGAGAUUAGAUGUCCUAUGCGAGAAAGUUUUCAAGACAGUCACAUUUGGUGAGAAGCCGGUGAAUCAUUCUGACAAUAGAAUUUACAGUUAUUAUUACACAGUUGGGAGCCAUAAUAGAGAUCUAUAUAUAUUAAUGGAUCUCAUAUUGAAUUUUGGUGAUGAGCUGCUGAAAAAUUUCCUAGCCAUGCACAGAUCUGUAUCGGUGACAACUCAUGUGCUUGCGAACGUUUUAGCUGCUUUAUAUUCUAAAGGUUUUGGAACUUCAACUGAACACCUGGAGGAUGAUGGGACCGUCAAUACAUCAGAAAAUGCAAGUGGGACAGGUAUGGGGGAGGGUAGUGGAUCAAAAGAUGUCAGUGAACAGAUCACUGAUGAAGAUCAGCUGCUGGGAACUCGUGGACAGAGUAAUAAUCAAGAUGACUCCAGUGAGGUGCCUAGUAAAAAUGAAAAGGGGAUUGAGAUGGAAGAAGAUUUUCAAGGUGAUGCUGUAAGCAUCAGUGAGGACUCAGGAGAAGAUGAAAGCACAGAUGCCGAGAAUGAGCAGCUAGAGUCUGAAAUGGGGCCCACUGGACCUAACAGUGACGCAGUUGGAGAAAGAGCUUGGGAUGAGAACGGAGAUGAAACUCUUAAUGAUACAGAUGAAAAACAUGAAUCUGGACCGUCAAUUAGAGAUAGAGAUAGAAGCAGUAGGGAGCUCAGAGCCAAAGAUGACUUUGCAAUUGAUGAACCUGGGAAAGCUGACUAUGAGGAACUUGAUGAUUGGAAUAAUGAAACCAGAGGCCAAGAUGAUGUCGGUGAUGGGGAAACCACAGACGCGGUCAAUCUGGAGAAAGAAGCUGAAGUUGAUGAUCCUAGUGGAAUGCAGCCUGAUGAGUUGGAACAAACCUCUGAUGUGGAUAUGGAUAGGAUGGUAGAAGAGGAUUUUAUGGAUGAGCGAGAUCCUGAAGAGCAAGAUGAAUCAGCUGAGGAUGCAAACCGAGAUGUGAAGCAUGAGGAGACACCUCCACCUGAUGAAAUCAUGGAGGAUGCCCAUACUGAUGCUGAUGUUAGCUCAGAAGAGGAUAAGCUAGAUGGGGACCAUCAAGAAAAUGCUGAAACUAAUUGCAUGGAUGGCAAGAAAAAUAUAUCUGAACCAGGAUCUUCUUGCUUGGCUAGUGAGCAGGUGGCCCCUCUUGAACUAGCAUCAAAGGCCAAUAUUGAUUCACAGACAUCUUCUGAAAACAUAGCAGCAGCGGAACCAAAUUGGUCAAACGGCAAUCAGAGUUUUGACAACUCUACUCUCGGAGGCUUACCUUCUAGUAUUAUGUCUAAGAUGGAUCUUAAGAUGUCAGACUCAUCAAAUGCCGGGGAAUUCACUGAAAAUCAAGCUAAGUCUAGUUUUCCACAGAAUGAGCAUUCACAUGAUCAAGAAAGGCUACCCAACCCAUAUCGAAGUUUAGGUGAUGCACUUAGGGAGUGGAAAGAGAGAGUUAAAGUAUCUGGUGACCUUCCUGACGAUAACACAGAGAAACCAGUUGACAUGGAGGAUGAAAAUGCUGAGGAGUAUGGGUUUGUCUCUGAGGUUGAACAGGGGACAGCUCAAGCUAUGGGGCCUGCUACGUCAGAGCAGAUGGACAGAAAUAUUGAUGGUAAUAAACUUGAUCAAGAAUUUCAUACUGCAGAAAAAGAUGAAGCAUUGAAGUUUGAGAAGCAAAGUUCUGACAUUCAAUCUAUAGCUAAUUCUAUUUCAAUCCCAAAAAAUGAGAAAAGGGAGCAUGUAAAUGUCUCAGGUUCGGAGAAAUCACAUGAUGAAGGAUCUGUGAGAACUAAUGUUGCUGAAAGUGUUGAUUUAGGAAAGCAUUCAGAUGAUCUGAUCUCUCUCAAGAAAUCAUACUUUAGUGAAGAUAUACAUAAACUAAGUCAACUAUCUGUGGAUGACAGUAAUUUGGGCAGGGCCCAAGAUGUUCAGGAUGUUUCUAGUGAUGUGAAAGAUAAAGCUACUGCUCUCUGGAGAAGAUAUGAACUCAGAACAACAAAAUUAUCUCAGGAGUUAUCUGAACAACUCCGCCUUGUUAUGGAGCCUACUGUAGCAAGCAAGCUCCAAGGCGAUUUUAGAACUGGCAAAAGGAUAAACAUGAAGAAGGUAAUUCCAUACAUAACAAGCAAUUAUCUUAAGGAUAAGAUAUGGCUGAGGAGGACCCGACUCAAUAAACGUGAUUAUCAAGUUGUAAUUGCGGUUGAUGAUUCAAGUAGCAUGUCAGAGAGUUGUUGUGGAGACAUCGUUAUUGAAGCCUUGGUUACAGUAUGCCGUGCCAUUUCUCAACUUGAAAUGGGGAGCCUGGCAAUUGCAAGUUUUGGAACAAAAGGAAAUAUAAAAUUACUACACGAUUUUGACAGGCCCUUCACGACAGAGGCCGGAAUCAAGAUGAUCUCCAAUUUAACAUUUGAGCAAGAGAAUACAAUUGUCAAUGAUCCAGUUGUUGAUCUGUUAAAGUUCUUGACCGACAAGCUAGAUUCUGCGGUUGCUAAAGCACGACUUCCAUCUGGGCGUAAUCCUUUAGAACAACUUGUUUUGAUCAUUUCCGAUGGUCAGUUUCAUGAAAAGGAUAAGUUGAAGCGGUAUAUUCGAGAUCUAUCAUCUGGGAAACGAAUGGUCGCUUUGUUACUCUUGGAUAAUUCCCAGGAUUCAAUUAUGGACCGCACGGAAGUAUCCUUUGAUCGGAAUGGAAAAAUGAAGGUUUCGAAGUAUAUGGAUUCCUUUCCCUUCCCUCAUUACGUUGUUCUGAGAAGCAUUGAAGGUCUGCCCCGGACCCUUGCAAGCAUGCUUAGACAGUGGAUGGAGGAGCGUGUGAAGAAUUCGAUGGACUAGGAUCCUCGUGGUCGGGGGGAGUGAUGCUUGCUGCUUGUUGUCCAAAUUCUUUUUGCAUCUUUUGUAGCUUAUAGUAUCAUCUCUUUCAUUCAUCUUAUUACCCUUUUGUUCGAAAGUGGAGUUCCUCUCAAGAAUACAAUUGUGACGUGGAUGCAUUCCCUUCGUUGCCUGCGUAACAUGAAUUCUUCUCGUCUUCUCUCUGAUUGAAAUUUUUUUUUUUUUUUACUGAAAUAAGAGCAAGCGCAGGAAGAAAAACGCUCGUGUUUGUAUACGCACACCCCCAUGCUCAUGCACGGCCACUGAAACUAAUUUGAAUGAAAAUCUAUGUCUAUGUUAAGAAUUAGAGGGUGCCUUGUCCCCUUUUUCAACAGGUUUAUGCUGGUGAUUUUUGACAUCUAGUGAUAAGGAUCAUGUUCUAGAUAUUUUGAAUCAGCUUCUCGAAA